UAAGGAACGUUUAAAAAUCCUUUCCCCAUAUUAUUCAUUAUUAACGGCAGUGUUCACUUCACUCACAGCGUUAACGUCUCCGGCUCCUUCAUCGUCAUCUGCACCGAACGUCUUCACGUUCAUCCCUCCGCCGCCUCACCAACUACCGUUCCAUUACACGUUCAUUCCUCCGUCGAUUCCAACACUACAGUCAGUGUGGUGCUCCAAUCCUAAGUUGCAAACGUGUUACCGGAAAACACCAACGGCGCUGAGUUUAGUGUGCUACCGGAAAAUACCAACGGCGAGAAAUCAUAUAAACCAAACCCUAAUACCAUGAAGAGGAAAUCAUAUAAACCAAACCCUAAUACUAUGAAGAGGUGUAAACACGCCCCUCCUACUUCUUCCAACCUGAAAAGCUCUUUUGAUUUACAUUUGCAACAUAAUUUAUCAAAAGAGGAAAUUGACAACCAAAAGAAUUUGAAAUUCAGCUGGGAUGUACCAGUUAUUGGUGUCUCAAAUUGCAAAUGGAUAGGAACUGGAGAAAAUAUCUUGGAGGAUUUUGAUAUCAACUCCUGUCCUGGUCUGAAGACAAAGUUACAUGAGCAUUGGAUGGAAGUGUCCAAGACAUCUGGAGGCAAGGAUAUUAAUUCACCUAAACAGCAGAUGUUUUUCUCACUUUGCAGCAGCUACCGUGAUAUACUUCACUGUAACAAGAGACCAUUCUAUUUAAAAGGCCUUGAAGACAUAAGCAUCAUGGAUGCAUACAUAAUGCAUUCUCUAAAUCACGUCUUCAGAGCUAGAGAUUGUGUUAAAAAGAAUGAUGCUGAACUGUCUAGGCUUGAAGAGGGCGCUGAUAGUGAGAGAUUCCGAGAUCAAGGGUUUCUUCGUCCUAAGGUUUUAAUUUUGUUGCCAUUGGCAAGUAUUAUGCACCGUGUUGUAAAGAGGCUUAUACAACUUACACCUUCAGCUUACAAGGUCAAUGUUGAGCAUAUGGAUCGAUUUUCCACUAAAUUUGGAGCUGAAGAACAUAAAGGUGACAAGGAAAAUGGUGAAGAACCUGAAAAUGCAGACGCUCAGAAGUCAUCCAAACCGGACGACUUUCAAUUACUUUUUGAAGGCAAUAAUGAGGAUGACUUUAUGAUUGGCAUCAAAUUUACUAGGAAGACGAUCAAGUUGUUCAGUGAUUUCCAUACAUCUGACUUAAUUAUUGCUUCACCACUUUGUUUGGUUAAUAAAAUUGAAGAGACCGGAAGCAAUAAGGAAAAAGAUGUAGAUUUUCUUUCGUCUAUAGAGGUUCUCAUUAUUGAUCAUGCAGAUGUAAUAGCAAUGCAGAAUUGGUCUCAUGUGCAUACAGUUAUUGAACACUUGAACCGCUUACCAUCAAAGCAACCCAGAACAGAUGUUAUGCGCAUUAGACCAUGGUAUCUUGAUGAGCAUGCCAGAUUUUACAGGCAAACAAUAAUUCUGGGUUUUUUCUCGAAUCCAGAUAUAAACGCUUCAUUCAAUCAUCAAUGUUCUAAUUAUGAAGGGAAGGUGAAGUUGAUGUGUGAAUAUAAAGGUGUUCUACACAAAGUGCUCCCUAAAAUUCAACAGGUUUAUGUACGGUUUAAUAUAGACUCAAUAGUAGAGGCUGAUGACAACCGUUUUGAUUAUUUUGUGAAGAAGGUUUUCCCAAAAAUAAAAGAUUCUGAUGAGGGAGGGACCAUGCUAUUUAUCAGUUCUUACUUCGAAUUUAUUCGAAUCCGAAAUUUUUUAAAGUCGCAGGAUGCCUCCUUCUGUCUGCUUGGGGAAUAUUCAACCCAAAAGGAUAUUUCUCGUGCACGUCUUUGGUUCUUUGAAGGGAAAAGAAAAAUCAUGCUUUACACAGAGAGAUCUCAUUUUUACCACAGAUAUAAGAUUCGCGGGGUUAAGAAUUUAAUCAUGUAUUCUCUCCCAGAGAGGAAGGAGCUUUAUCCUGAGAUUGUAAAUGUGCUUGAUGGGUCUGAAAACACUGCGUGUACCGUUCUUUUUUCGCCCCUCGACAAGUUUCGGCUGGAAAGAAUAGUUGGAACUACGCCAGCGAAAACCAUGGUGGCUUCGGAGAAACCUGUUUUUGUUUUUUGCGAUUAGAUUUAUGCUGUACUCCAAGGUUGUAACAAUGCAAAGCAGCUUGCUUCUGAAAUUAAUAGGCUCUUGGAACUGAUUUCGACAAGAAGAUGUAGUCAAUUUGGUCUGCCAUUGGGAGUUUAUUUUUCUCCCUAUCCAUCUUGGUUUUAUUCAGUUUUAUGUAACUAUAGAAUUUUUUGUAUACGGAACAUGCAUGCAGAAGUAAUUUAAAAGCAAUAUUCAAAAUUGCCAGGGUCAACUUGGUCUUAGGUGAUUUUCUUCACAGAAUAGAUGCUAUAGGUUGGUGAUGAAAUAUUUAUUUCUAGAAAUUUAUUACUUUUUUAAUGAAUGUAAAAUGAAAUCAAUUGAUUGGUCUUUA